AUGAAGGGCGCUGAUGAGCUCAAACAGACCGAAGCGCGCGUUUAUGAUGACAGCACUGAAGUGAGCAUAUUUACAGCACGUCAACUAGAUCCUAAAAGCUCUGAGAACAACUGAAUAAAAUUCAACUUCUUUAAAAACACCGAGGAUCAAAAUGACAGCGACAGCGACAGCUAGGGAUAAAAUGAACGCGUCGCUAAAUGAUUUGACGCGCUGUCUGCCACACGGCUUCUCUCUGGAGGAGAUCCCCGCAUCGGGCUCCUCUCAUGGGGAUGUGGGGGUUUGUUCUGACCAGUUCAGUGAGGCGUCGGGAGGUGGCUUGAGCACUGACAGCUUCGGCGUGGGAAAACGGGGCCUUGAACUGACAGACCCGAGCAAGUUUUCGCCACACAGUGCGCCUAUCGCCUACACAGGAAAAAUUUACAUCGACGCGCAAGGAAGUUGGAAUCAGGAGGGAAUAAUAAACUUUGUUAGUGCAGGAGUGCAAGAUAGGCCACCUUCCCCGGGAUCAUUCUCCACGGGCUCUCCCUCAGACCUCACUCCAGACUGCUCCAAAAUAGGCCAGACUCUUGCCAACAUGGAUCAUAUGUACACAGGCCCACCCCCAUACACCUGUAGUGCCGAUGGUUACCAGGACCCCUCGGCUUACCUAUCGACCACCACGUGCCCCAUAACAUACGCCACUCCGUCCUACUCAACCCCAAGGUCAACUAUAGACGGGACGUUUUUCUCCAUCAUUCCCGACUACGGGGGGCUCUAUCAGACCAGCAACAGCCAAAGGGACAACAUGGCUGUAUUUCAGGACAUCAAGCCAUUCUCAUGCUCUCUGGAGUCUAUCAGAGUCCCGCCACCUCUGACUCCCUUGAACACCAUACGAAAUUUUACUCUGGCUUGUCCGGUAGAUGGGCCGAGGCCGCCUAUAGACUGCGCCAAUCCGCAGAAUGUCCCAUUCAGGCCAAUACUGCGGCCACGGAAGUACCCGAACCGACCGUGCAAGACGCCAGUCCACGAGCGGCCGUACCCCUGUCCGGCUGAGGGAUGCGACCGGAGGUUUUCGCGCUCGGAUGAGCUGACGCGCCACCUCCGCAUCCACACCGGCCACAAGCCGUUUCAGUGCCGCAUCUGUAUGCGCAGCUUCAGCCGCAGCGACCACCUCACGACGCACAUACGCACACACACGGGCGAGAAGCCCUUCUCCUGUGACUUCUGCGGCAGAAAGUUCGCCAGGAGCGACGAGCGAAGGAGGCACACAAAAAUCUUCAGCGAUGUGAACUAA